AUGUCUUCUACAAGUAGGAGUCGUCUUUGUAGCUGCUUCCGUUCGAUGUGGGCUUCAACAGUGCAGUUUAUUGUGUCACAGGAUGAGAGUGUUAAGCGGAGACGACGCUUGUUGUUGGGGAUUGUUGUUUUACUGCUGGUGGACGUUCUUUGGGUCGGCUCGUCAGAACUGACAGAUGUGAGAACAAAUUUACUACUAAUUAUCAAUAAUUUGUUACUAGAUAGCGUACGAAAAUUACCACCAAAUAUUUAAAAGCAAGCCUUUUCAUCAGAACAUUGCAAUAAAAAUUAAUAAAUGUAAUUAUCAUCUGAUAUUCUUGGUUUGCAACCAUAUCAUCUGGCAAGGUUGCUAUUUUGGUGAUCAAUACAAAAUACACAUAUUUUUUUACACAGAAUUUGUAUGAGAACAGAGUUUAAAGUUUCUAGUAGAGAGAAAUGCUCUCGUUAUUGACUACCAAAAUGUUUACCAUGAUGUCAAUGCAUGUAAACCAGCUGAUGUGGUUGCUUUUAAGGGGUGGACCAUUAAUUAGAAAAGUUAUGGAAGGGGUGGGGAAGUUUUUGAGCUGCAUGAAUGUUUUUGUUAACAUGUCCAUUAUUUCUUUAGUUAUUUUUCCCUUGCAUUAAUUUUGUGUGUGUGUGUGUGUGCUUGUCCCUCCCUCUCCCCACUUCCUCCCAUAGCUUUUCUAAUGGUUUGCCUAAUAAAUAGAAUGGCAAGAAACUGGUGGGACUGUGCAAAUAACUGAUAAAUAAUGCAUUUCCCAUUAUUUAUUGAGUCAGUUGGGGUUAGAUUAUGUCUUCAAUGCAGCAAACCAACCACAUAACCUCUCUACCUUUCCAAAAACAGAUCUGACCCCUCUGCAGUGGCAUUUUCAAACCAAACUGAGGCCCAAAGUCCUGACAAAAAUUUUUUGCAGACCAGCCCCCCACCCCCCCACCCCACCUCUUAUCUAAGAGUCUGGAUCUGCCACUGCUCUGAACAAAUUUUUGACAGCUUUUAUGAAAACAAAAGUUUGCUUUCCACUAGACAGAAAUUAGUUACCAUCGCUGGCAUCGCAGGGUUGUGUAGAUAAGAAGUGGAAUGUGUAAGUUAAAGAUUCUUUCACUCUCUCAUAUCUGUCAAAAAUCCAUGUUGCCCAGAUCUCCAGUAAGUCCAUAAUGAUUACAAUCUUGUUUACCGUAGUUAUUUGGUUAUAAGGCGCACAGUUUUUUCAAGAAAAAUCCGUCAUUGGGUGGCAAGUUAGUGCUAAAAUUGGGGUGCAUCUUAUAGCCAAGUAUUUUCACGUAACAAAAUCUUAAGAUCACAAUUUGAGAAGAACUUACAGUUUAAAAAACACAAGAAAAAGAUACUUGUUGUUGGUCAUUGACUUUUAUAGAUUUUUUUUUUUUUUUUUUUUUACGUUACAGCUUUACUACUUACUUGUUUGCUACUUACUUACAUUAAAAUACCUAAAACUAGUUUACAACAAACAAAAGGACUACUAAAGACAAUAAAUAAAUGAAAAGAAAAGAAAAGAAAAGAGAAGAGAAGAAAGAAAGAAAAAAGGCGACUCCUCUGCCUAAAACGGUUUUUAGUAAUAACUACAUUGACAACAAUUUAUUGCUAAUAUUAAUAACAAAUCAUAAAUAUGCAUAAUUAGAUGAUUAAUAAGAUGAUUAAUAAACAGUGCGGAAAGAUAUGUGAAAUAGAUACUUUAAUUAAGAAAUAUUGGCGGUAUGUCUAGCUCUCAAUUGCACUUUGGCCUUGGUUCAUUUACAGAAAAUGGAUACAUAGGAAAGCUUUUAUUUUACCAAAAGCUAUGUAAUGUUGAGAAGUGGACGUAAAGGAUUCUAUUUCUUAGAAGUUGCAUCAAUGUUGUGGGACUCUAUGUAAAACUGCGAUUUAAGGGACAUAAGAAAAGUUGUUAAAUUCGGAAUUUUCUGGUUGACCCUGCAGCUCCAUAUAUAAUAUCUUGCCAGGAGAAAGCAGAAAUUUAGUUGAAGUGAAAACUUGGAGGUGUCUGGUUUCAGGCCCAGAUAUACAGCAGUGUAUUUUGGAUAAUCUAUUGUUAUUAGAUUGAUCUGCUUUAGUUUUUCAGUCAAAUUUUCCCAAAAGGUGGCUACUAUUGUACAGUUCCAGAAGAGGUGGAUUAGGUUUUCGGGAUGGAUGGUACAGAAAGAGCAGUUCGGGUCCUGCUUUAUAUCGAUUUUUGUUAGGAAAAGGUUCGUUGGUAAAAUUCGGUGAAGGAACCUAAAUUGAAAGUUUACAAGUUUUGUGCUUUUUGUGCACCUAGCUGCCAGACAAUAGGCGCUGGUCCAGUCAGCAGAGCAUCUUUGGUUGGAUUUAAUGCUGUCAUUCCAUUUCUCUUGGCUCUUAAACGGUACAGUGCUUUUGGAAGAGAGGAGCUUCUGGUAUACAACUCUGUUCACUUUAUCGUUCUUGAAAAAAGUCUCGGAGAAGGUCUCGGGGCAGGUAUUGGGAAUGUCUGUGCUACUAGGUUCUUUACUAAGAAAGUUAGUGUUAUAAUGGUGUCGAAGGGCAGAAAUUAAGCCGAAGUACUUUAUGGGUUGUAUUUGUAUAAUUUGUAAGUGCUGAUAAAAUCUGCUAGGGGGAGAAAAUUCCGGGAGUCUGUCAUUAAGUGGGCUACCUUAGUGAUUCCAUGCAGGAAAAGAUGUUUGUAGAAGACCGGUCUGUUUUCGAUCCUUAUCAGCGAAUUAUGCCAUAUAUGUUGUUCAAGGAAUUGCUGCUCGGUUUUGAUGUUAGCAUCAAAAUUAAUUUCUGACCAUAUUUCUAAAAUUUCUUGUAGAAAUGGGUCUUGGACCGAUAUCGACUUUGAAAUGUCACGUUUGUGUAAAUUACAUGUGAAGACUAGUUUGCCGCCGUACUUCUUAAGUUCUACUUCAAAAAAGUAUUUCCAUUUUCCGCAGUUAGAGUCGUCGAGGUAUUUUUUGAUCCAAACAGUCUUGAGCGAUUUGGUAAAUGAAGCGAUGUCAAUCAUUUUUAACCCUCCAUUGUUAUAGUCGUUUGUCAUGACACUUCGCUUAAUCUUAUCGCACUUAUUGUUCCAAAGAAAGCUGAAGAAAAGAUUGUUCAUUUCUUUGAUAAUUUUAUGAUUUGUUGGCAGCGGAGCUAAAAUAUACGUAAGUUGAGAUGCCGCUAAGCUUUUAAUAACUUGGAUUUUGCCGAGUAACGUUAGCCGCCUAUAUUUCCAAUUGCUUAAUAUGUUUUUAAUUUUGUCCGCUUUUUCCCUAUAGUUUAAGCUUAAUGUGAUAUCAGGAUAGGUAGAAAGCCAAACGCCAAGGACCUUAACUUUGUUUUCUGGCCAUUUAAAAUUCUUCUCGGGAAGAAGUUUUUCCUUAUUUCCUGCCAUUGAUCCAAUCCAUAGAGCUUCAGUCUUUUUACUGUUGAGUCUGAGACCAGACAUACUGCUAAAAGUCUCGAUCAUCUUAAGUGUGGCGGAUAAUGAAUCUCUAGUACCGUUAAGAAUGAAAGUUGUGUCAUCUGCAUACUGGCUAAUUUUAAUUUCUGAGUUGUUUACAGAUAUUCCUUUAAUAUUCUUGUUCGAUCUGGUUGCUUUAGCUAAAAUUUCAGCAGAUAGUAUAAAUAGGUACGGCGAAAGAGGGCAACCUUGCCUAACACCUCUUUGUGGUUGAAAAAAACAACUCGUCCAGCCAUUGUUUAGGACACAGCUUUCGAUGUUCUUGUAAAAUGUUUGAAUCCAGGUUAUCAAAGAAGAGCUGAAACCAAAGUGCUGGAGCGUGCGCUCAAUAAAAGACCAUUCAAGCGAAUCAAAGGCUUUUUAAACACCUACAAAGAGCAAUAGCCCAGGGAUAUUUUGUUGAGAAGCGUAAUUUAUAAUGUUAUCUAUCAAUCUAAUGUUUUCUCCAAUAAAUCUUCCUUUUAGGAAACCGGUCUGGUCGUUAUUGAUAAGUUUUGGAAUAACAGAUUUUAUUCGGUUUGCGAUAGUUUUCGCAGCUAUUUUGUAGUCGCAGUUGAGGAGAGUAAGGGGCCGCCAGUUUUUAAUGAAGUGCGGUUCUGCAUCUUUUUUUGGUAUGAGUUUAAUGAUUCCGCGUCUCUGUGUGAUCGACUUUUAUAGAUUUGGUGGUUCUGAAAAGAACCGGGGUGGCUCUGAAAAGAGCCAUUGUAUGUCUUAAUCAACAUUCUCACUGCUUUUUAUGGUUUACACAGAGUUAUGAAUUUAGUUUUCUGUUAUACUUACAUCCAGUUUGACCAAAACCUUUUUCUUUGCAGUUUAUUUUCAAAUAUGAAGGAUUUGACAAGCCUUUUUUCACCACAUUCUUCAAGACAUCAUCAUUUAUGAUAUAUUUGACUGGAUUUCUUUUUUAUGAGCCAUGGAGGCUUCAAUGCAUUGCAUGCUUAAAGAAUGAAACAUCCUCAAAUGUAAGUGACAAGAAAGAACAUUAUGAUCUCUAUGCAGAUCCUUAGAUUAUUUGCCAUUUGCGCAGCUCCCAUGAAACACCUUGUUUAUCCCCCAAUUUUUGAAAUUUUUGUAAUUUUUCCAACUUCUUGUGAAAUGACUGUAAUACUCAGGUGGAAAUUGAAACAAAGGGUGUGCAACUUUGGGGGGGGGGGCGCAGGGGGGGAAGCAAAUAAGGUUUAUUUGGGGUGAUGUGCAAAUUGGCAAAUUAAACUUUCAAAAUAUUUUUUUUCAUAUUUAGGGGGGUCACCACAUUAAAGUUCACAUGCAAUAUAGAGAAUCUGUUGGUUAAUUCAAGGUCACUUAGGGCUUUUUAUUGGCAUCUCUUAAUUUUUUUCACUUGAAAAUGCAGCUGAUUCCUUAUCUUGAAUAAUCAAUUACCUCCUGUUUUGUUCAACUCUCUAUUAUAAAAUCUAAAACCUACUUCUUAUUCUCAGUCAAAAUCUGUGAUCUUACCCUAAAAUUUUUAAAGCUCCUCCAAACAUGAAACAAUUUUCCUUUCCCAGGGGUUAGAAAACUGGAUGAAUUGCUGUAGCAUUUUGUCUGGACCUUUUUUUUUUCAGGUCGUGGUAUCUGCUGUAAAUCAAGACAGUGAACACACAUCUCUUUUAAACUCACCUUCAUCCUCAGGGGAAACUACCCCAAUCCCAAGACCACUAAUGGUGAGUUACAUCGUUUUAAACUUCCAAAGGAAGCCACAGUUAAAAUUCAACAAAUUUCAUAAAUUUCAUGUUAUAAAAUGCUGAAACAGACAGGUUUCACUUGUAUGGUCACCGUCAGUUCAUAAAAUUUUGUGCAAAGACUCAAAAUUAUAACAACCAUAUAUUAAUAAGAUAAAAUAUUAAAUAGCAAAAUGAAUGACUCGUUACCCCCUAAUGGUACCUAUACUACUCGUCACCUGUUUUACAAACUUCUCUUGACACUCUCCCAGUUAACAGUGUUGAAAUAUCCAGGUAAAACAAAUUAAUGAAAACUACCACUUUCAUCUUAGUAACAAUGGUUAAACUCUGUUUGCCUGCGGCCUGUAGUUUUCAUUACUGUCUUUUGUUAAUUGUCAGAAUGAGCCAACUUUUGAAGAAAUGACAGAUGAAGACAUUUCAACCAGCCGAUCAGCUGAAGUAGCUAGUAGUUCCUUUGAAAUAAUUCCAAGUAAGUUAAAAACACAUGCCUUGGAGAGAGAUUUACCUAGUGUUUACUAAUAGUCUGGGUCCUCUGUGACUCACAUCCAACAUUGUCAUUGUUUAAAUUUAAAGUAAAUUAAUGUUAACUUUUAAAUCACGUGCAUGGCACACUAUCAACUGCAAAUACUUUGCAAAAUCAGAUAACAGAAUUAGGUAAUUUUACAAGUGGUAAUCAAGUGAAAAAUAUUUUGAAUAUUGGUCACUUGCUUUAAUACACUCAUUAUCUUAACUAUAUAACAGGACCUAGGCGGGUGACAUUUAGCAGUCUGAGAGAAGUGCGGCAAUUAUCAGGUAAAUACAUGUAA